AUGAAAUACACCACCAAGGGGGCUAAAGCACUUGAGGCCAACUUAACAAAGAUACGGGCUUUCAUAUCCAUAUUUCUCCAGGAGCAGACAACAACAUACCAGGAGGGCCGCAUUACCCUUCCUCCCCCCCUUUCAGGCGACUGUUCACAGCCGCUGAGCGGUCAAACAAUCAAGAAAAUGGAGACAUUAUAUGUUACUCAGAUGGAUGAGCAUGAAACCAUCCGCAGUGCCAUCAAGAGCUAUUGUGUGCAGUUUUCCAUAAAGAAACUUUGCAAUUUUCAAGCUUCCCUCUGGGGCCAUAGCGAACCAAGUCAGCGGAGGCUCCGCGAUAGUGUCGAAAGUUUUGCUACGGUUAUGGUUCUGGGUUUGUACCACGUUGAAAAUCUGGUGAAGAGGCGCGUCAUGGGAAAGGAGUUUCAAGAAAGAAAGAUUGGAAAAAUUCAAAUACAGCUUGUGGCUGCGCGUAGCUGGCACGAUGAAUGA